AUGUCGAUCUUUCGGCUAAUCUACGGCCUGCUAACGUGGGCCAUGGCACGGGCCAUCUCCACGUCCUGGAACCCCUCGUUUACACCAGCCACCAUUCUACACCAGCCUGUCUACGAAAAAACCGGCGGCACCGCCCAAUACGCUCUUUACGACGUGUCAGACUCGUUGCUGUUGGCCCAGCAAGACCAAUGUUCUCUCUACAAAGUCGCGAUGAACCAACAAUUCUACUUCGAG